AGUUGCCCCAACUCCACGAAUUCCUUAUUUUCUAUACUUUCUUUGCUAUGCCACACACACCUAGGACGUAGAGCAAACCUCCUCUGGAAUAAGUUACAUACGCAUGCGCUCCGUUCAGACUCUCCUUAGAUUCCUUUAAUUUCUCUUCUACGUCGCCGUCCCGGCCUAGGGAUCACUAUUCGCCAUGUCUGGCACCGACUACAAUUACGAUGAACAGGGACAAUUCUUCCCCUACUUCAUCCUUACGAUGACCAGUUUGGUCACAAUCCCCGUCACAUACUCCUGGCUCAAACCGAGCAAAGAACUCGAGAACACGGCGACCCGAAUAAACUCUGACUUCAAUCCCGAGCAUGCGGAUCUCAUUGAUGGGCAGCGCAAGAAGCAGAAGCGACGGGAACGAAGGUUCAAGCGAAUGUUGACCAGUUUGGGAGGAUGGCUAGUUAUCGCUGGAAUGAUCUACUUGAUCAUUGUUACCACGCAGGCUGAGAUGAAGAUAUAUGAUCCAUAUGAGGUGCUAGGAAUCUCUCGAUCUUCCAGUGAGAAAGAGAUUAAGAGCCGCUACCGUAAACUUUCCCUCACACUCCACCCCGACAAGGCACGCGAGGAUCCCGCCCAAAACAUCACAAAGGAAACUAUCAACGAUCACUGGGUCGAGGUUAGCAAAGCGUUCAAGGCUCUCACUGAUGAGGACAUCCGCGAGAACUGGCUCAAGUACGGAAACCCCGAUGGCAAGCAAAGCUUCAGCAUCGGCAUUGCGCUCCCUAAAUGGAUCGUCACCGAGGGUCAUGGCAAAUACGUGUUGCUCAUGUACGCAAUCGCGCUUGGAGUCAUUCUCCCUUACACUGUCGGCAAAUGGUGGUAUGGCACGCAGAAAUUGACAAAGGAGAAGAUUCUCAUCACCAGCGCUGGAAAGCUGUUCCGUGAAUAUGACAACGAACAAGGCGAGAGUGGAGUCAUCGGUACGCUCAGUAGUGCGGACGAAUACAACGAGGUUCUCAAAGGUCCCAAGGCAGAGCAAGGUCUCUCCAAAUUGGAAUCAAGGGUGCUUGCGGAGUCUUCGCCAAUUCCCGCGGUUCUCACCACCAAAGACCGUCAAAAGCUCGAGGACCUGGAUGAUAGCCGAAGGAGGAAGGUUUUGACACUACUGUGGGCAUACCUUGGCCGCAUUGAACUUGAUGAACCUGCCCUUAAUGAUGAAAAAUACGAAGUCGCUCCUAUCGCACUCAAGUUGAACGAAGCAUAUACCUCGAUCGCUCUGGCAUACGGAAGUACUAGGGCAGUCCUCUCCGCCUAUCACACCUCGCAAAACAUCAUCCAAGCCGUGAGACCUGGCGCAUCUGCUCUUGAACAGCUACCCCACUUCACCCCAGAGAUUGCUGCUGCAGCCGAGGCCGAGCGAUCAAAGACUCACUUGACUGUCCAAGAGUUCAUGCGCCUUCCCGUCCAAGAACGCAAGGCACGUGUUGUGAAACCUGGUCUCUUGACUGAAGCUCAAUUCCAACAAGCUUCUGCGAUUGCAUCACAGAUUCCCGUUUUGAACGUUGAGCGAGCAUUCUUCAAGGUUGUUGGCGAACGUUUCGUCACCCCGAGUAGCUUGGUACAAUUCGUCGUCAAAGGCCGAUUCAUUCCUCCAGGAGCUGCUGGAAUUCCUCAAGUUAAGCCGGCAGAUCUUGAGGACAUCGACCCCGAGGAGGGCGACCUCUCUGCUUUGCGCAAAGACGACAAGGCUGGCGAGAAGCCCAUCCAGCCGCCCCUUGCUCAUGCGCCCUACUACGCGAGAGAUCAUGCUCCCAAAUGGCACAUCUUCCUCGCCGACAGCAAGCAGGGCAAGGUCGCUGUCCCUCCAUUCUCGUUCUCUACGUUUGAUAAGCCUAUCCUUGAUGAUGCUGGAAAGCUCACCUAUAACGUGCAAACCUUGAAGAUGCAAUUCGGAGCUCCCCCGCAACCCGGCACCUACACAUUCGUCAUGUACAUGGUGUGUGACAGCUACCUUGGCAUGGAUACCAAGAUGGAAGUCACACUUGUGGUCGAGGACGCAAGCAAGGCAGAGGAGGUGGACGAAGACGAUGAGAUCAGCGAGCCAGACGAGGAUACCAUUGCCGGCCAAAUGCGAGCACUCAAGUCUGGCGAAGUCCCAGGAUCAAAGCCGAAGAAACGAAGAACCGACAACGACGACUCAAGCGACGGUAGCGAUACCGAGGGAGACGUCGAGUCAGAAAGCGAGACUGAUACUGAUACCGACGAAGAGUAGAAGAACUGUUUUCAAUUGCUUCCAGGCGGGAUUGUAUAGCGGUGCGAGAGGGGGUUAAUCAGUCACUGUACGGCGGGGCGGGGCUGGUAGGGCAAGUCUGAUUGUAGCAUUUCCAAGGCGUUCUCAGAGCAGCAGCGUGUGUCUCCGCUGGUGGGAUUCGAUGGUUAUUUUCUUCGUCUUGCUGGGCUGGGACAAAUAGCAGGGUAGUACGUGUACAUGAGUCGAGAGUCCGGCCUUUUUUCUCUCUCCCAUCCAAAAAGAAAAUUGGGUCUUUCCUCCAUACCAGAUUUAGAAUAUCCUGAGGCAGGUGAAUAGGCAAACAUGGUGUUCCGAACCUUUU